CCCGUCGCUUUGUUACGUGCCACGCACCCAGGGGCGGAGCCGAGCCUGCUACUUCUAGGGUCCCGGGACCGAGGACUCGUAGCUGUCUCUGUCCUUAGCUCCUCUGUCUGUGUCACCAGGUCCACUGCAGCCAAGAUGAUGUGUGGCGGGCCCUCCGCCACGCAGCCGGCCACGGCCGAGACUCAGGAGAUCGCCGACCAGGUGAAAUCCCAGCUUGAAGAGAAAGAAAAUCAGAAGUUCACCGUCUUUAAAGCCAUAUCCUUCAGGCAACAGGUGGUGGCUGGCACCAACUUCUUUAUCAAGGUUGAUGUUGGUGAUGAUAAGUUCGUGCACUUGAGGGUGUUCAGAGCCCUGCCUCAUGAAAACAAGCCCUUGACCCUGUCUUCGUACCAGACCAACAAAGAACAACACGAUGAGCUGAGCUACUUCUGAUUCAGCAGCCCCUGAAGCCCCUUUGCCAAAUACUUUUUAUUCUGUGUUUGGGACCACAAAGUAAAUACCCUUCUGUGAUGGAGAGGAUGGAGUUAAGCAGCUUUUUCUGUGAUUCCCAAAUUGCAUUGUGUUUGUUUUCUUCCAAGUAAUUAUUUUCAGGAAGCUGUCUAUGAUCUCUCUCUAAAUAUAUAUUUUUAGAGUCUAUACAAA